UUUGUCACAGAGCCUGAUUUCAGUUUAAGCCACGGAACCAAGAUUAUAUCAAAUCCUUCACUCUCACUGAGGCUAACUCCGCCCGGCUGCUGUGUCGGCUGCUCUAAAACAAGCGCUCCUCUGUCAGUUUACUGCUGGACUUUGUUUCACUUCCUUCACUUCCUAUUUUAUCAGCAGAACUUCCUCAUUUUAACACAAAUAUGUUCUAAGUUCUUGACUUCAGCAGGAGCUUCACAGCCUGCAACAGACCCGUCCAGUCCCAGAACCAGUUUAAUGAUAGAACCAGUACAGCUGAUCCAGUUGGUCCAGUAAUGAGAGGAGCAUGAACCUGGACGUCUCCCAGCAGCAGAUCUGACCUCUGGGUUUCUCCAGCAGAGGGCUCUGAAGAUUUGGACCAGAUGGCUGCAGGUGAGAGGCCCGGUUGUUCCAGCUUAACCACUAAGGAGCUCCAACAGAACUUGAAGCUGGCGAAGCAAAAGGAGCGACCGGUCCGGCUGCUGUUUGAGAUCCCAUCGAGUCGAGUUGUGGACCAGCUGCUGAACAAAUACGUGGCGUAUCAGAUCGUCGUGAUGCGCUCCGGCAGCUUUGAUUCCCGCCGUGUUUCCAUCGAGCGCCGCUACAGUGACUUCCUGCGGCUUCACCACAAACUGCUGGAGGAGUUUGACGAAGAGCUGGAGGAUGUUCUUCUGCCCCCGAAACUGCUGACGGGAAACUUCAACCCCGAGAACAUUCUGGAGCGCCGCCUGGCCCUGCAGGACUACCUGGCCAAGCUGUUCGCGACCCGCUGCGUCAGACACUCCGCCCACUUCUCCGAGUUCUUCACCGAGCACGAGCAGAAGCAGGCCCACGUGCUGCUGCGGGCGGGCCAGUUCAAGGCCGCUCUGGAGCAGCUGCAGACGGUCCUGGAGAUCCAGGAAAAGCUGCUGCCGUGGCAGAAGUCCACCCUGACCGUCCCGGCCCUCGCUGCGAUCGCCGUGUGUUACCGGGACCUGGACGAGCCGGAGCAGGCCUUCUCAGCCGCUCAGCAAGCUCUUCCUCCGGUGAGGCGCUACGGACUGAAGCCCUACCGAGCAGCGCUGCUGGAGCUGCUGGUGGACCUGGGGUACCAGCUGGGUCGUCCCGUGGCUCAGCUGCAGGAUGAGCUGACAGACAUCAGGAACGGCGAGAGAGGGGAGGUGUGCUUCCGGUCUCUGAAGGAAGUGGUGAUCCACAAGUUCAUCUGAGGAAGAGCAGGAACCCAGACUUACCUGAGAGAUGAAGUCUGGGUCUACUAAAAACCUAAAUGGCCUCAAAGCAUAAAAAAAGUUAAGAUUGAGAGUGAAACAGUCUGUUCAGUCCGCUUCAUUCAAACUCUGGUUUAUUUGUCUAGAAAGUCCGGUUCAUUUGUGGAGGUGUGAAUGCGAACUCUGGUUCGCCUAAAAUUUCAAACGCAGAUGUGAAUACCAAGUGGAUCAGAGACCUGCUAAAGCCCUAAAGAAGUUGCUGUAAACUGUUCUUUCUGUUCUUUCUCCCCCCCUCAGUCUGUCACUGUUUUGUUCUGGAUGUGUUCCUGUUCCAAAGUAUUUUGGGAACAUUUUAUAUUUAUUCAAAAACAUCAGCAAAUGUUCAAUUGCAUUGGGAAAAUGUCGUAUUUGAGUUUCAACAAAGGGGCAAAAUAAAUCCAAAAGAUUUA